CUGUGAUAUUUUAACUGCCAGAUUUUAACAUUAUAUUAUUAAUUGUGUUAAUAUUUGUAUAAAUCGAUCCAGAAAUAAUUAAGUUCCAAGUCAAAAUUAACAAUUCCAUACAAGACUAAGAUUUAAAACUUCAAGCAAUCAGAACAACUGAAAAUAUCUUAACAACUAAAAUUACGAAGAUCAUUUCAUAGAGCAGUUGAAAAAAUUAGAGAUUUUCGCUUAUUAUUAUUAUUAUUAUUUCAAAUAUUAUAAUACAAUCCCCUUGUAAAACAAAAAUUAUUUUUCUAAGGUAAAAGUCAUUGGAACAGGGCUUAACAUUCAGAUAAGAUUUGGGAGUUGUAAAUUCUAAUAUUCAUUAAUUUUAGUAAAAAUAAAUUAAUUGAAAAAGCAGCAAAACAAAAACAAAAGCAAAAGCAAUUUUGGUAAAUGAACCUGGAUCAAGCUUAAGAGAAGGGAAUUCUCAUUUGUUUGGGCCUAGCCCGAAAACAUUUAUAACCGGGUUCAACCCGUCCAAUCCAAAUCGAAGUCAAUCGGAGGUCCGUAGACCGUCUUAGCUUUGGUGUGUAUCAGUUACAGUAGCGCAUGGAGCUUCCAUUUUCUAACAUCGAAGGUCAAGAAAAUAAUAAAAAUGAAGAGAAGGGAUUAUGGGUUUUUCGUUCUUCUGCUACUUCAUCUUUUUGUCUCUUUUUCCUCUGGAAUACAUGAUGGAGUGUGUAUUUCCAAAGGUGGUCGAUUUCCACCAUUUUCAUCUGAAGGAAAGCCUCCAAAAAAGCUAAGCAAGGGUUCCAAAGAUUUGGCCCUUUGCAGGGUGUUUCGCAGAAAGACUUGCUGUGAUGUCGCUCAGACAUUUCCUGCUUUGCUGUCCAUUAGGAGACUGGCUUCAACUGGGGAGGCAAGCCAAGAAUGUUUGCAAUUAUGGGAAUUACUGGAAUGUUCCAUCUGUGACCCCCGGACUGGUGUUCAGCCUGGACUUCCUCUUAUAUGUGCUUCUUUCUGUGACAGAGUCUAUCAAGCAUGUGCGAAUGCUUACUUCUCCAUGGACACAAAGACACAGGUUCUUGUACCAUGUGGAGUAAAUGACUUUGUUUGUGGUAAAGCUGCUGAAUGGGUCUCCAAUGGCUCUGAGCUCUGCCUCUCUGCUGGUUUCACAAUUAAACCAUCAGAAGAUGCAUACAAUGGUGCAGAAGAGGCAUCUUGCUAUGGUGGUAAAGCCAGUCUCGAUUCUAUUGCUGAGUCAUGGGGGGCUUCACGUUCUGAGUUACCUCCGAAAGCUGGGAACGUGGGUGUUUUAAAAGAUUUCCAGCAGCGGGUGCAGGAAAUGCCUUUUAGUGACAAAGUUUCUUGGGCAGUAGGAGGGAUGGUUCUUACUGCAGGGUUGUUGUUUUUGAGCAAAAGGAAAAGCUAUAGCCAGCGCCAGAGGCUAGCAGCUAUCCAACGAACAGCAAGGAAGCUGGAAGGCAAUAUGAAACAGAAGUAUCCUGAUAGGCUAGGGAACACAAAGGGAAAUCGAAAAUGAAUGCCUUGUUGAAUGUAAACUUGACAAUGUGUUAAAUUACUGGAAAAUCAUAAAACUACUGUCAUGAUAUGAAUCAGUACAUUAUUCUUCUCCUUUUCCAUGUUGGAAAAAAGCAUAUUAAAUUAUAGUCAGAGAAUUGGUAGGAA